AUGAAAAACGCCACCGUCGAAGUGGCCGGGUACACAACCCUACCAGUUCAACUGCCUCCCACAUCGAUAUUCCCGACCCCAGCCACCCAUUAUCUCUACAUUCGGCCCCAUGAGCCUCGCAUUCCGGACCCAGACUCCGCACGCUCACUCUUCAUCGUCAACGUCCCCAUCGAUACUACAGAAGUCCACCUCCGCCACCUGUUCAGCACCCAACUCUCCUCAGGCCGCAUCGAGCGCAUCAGCUUCGAAGAUGUCCCCGUCAAAAAGGCCGGCGUCGCAGCCGCCACAGAAUCCAACCUCUCGCACCGCUCCAACAAAAAGCGCAAGCGCGUCACAGUCACGGCAGACGACCUUCAGUCGCUCCUAGAUAACAUCCGGCCCCCUUCAACCUGGGACCGACCCCUCCACAAGAGCGGCACCCAUGUCAUCGUCGUCUUCGCUGAUAAACCCAGCAUGGAAGCUAGUCUCAAGGCCGCGACCAAAGCCGCCCGCAAGGGAACGCCAGUAAUCUGGGGCAACGGGAUUUCAACACACAAGAUGCCUCCUGCGCUUGGGUUGCCACGGUACUUGGUCCAUGAAGAACGGCGGUAUCCGGACCGGGCGGAGCUAUUGCGCACGGUGAACGAGUUCAUGACGACGUUUGAACAGGUUGCUGAGGCGCGGAAGCGUGAGGAGUCGAAGAAGGCUGGCGAACCGGAUGAGGAUGGCUUUGUCACGGUGACCAGUGGGCCCAAGUUGAAUUCCUUGGCGAGAGAGGACGAGAUGAAGGAGUUGGUGGCGAAGCAGAAGAAGAAGGAGGAAGGAUUGGAAGACUUCUAUCGGUUCCAGUCUCGCGAGAAGAGGAAGGAGAAGCAGCAGAUGUUGCUUAAGCGGUUUAAUGAGGAUAGGAGGAAAUUGCAGGAUCUUAAGAUGCGGAGAGGAACGAUUCGGCCGGAGUGA